UUUAAAGAAAAUGCUGAAAAAUGCAGGAGCUCAUCUGAUCCUGACUUUCCCUCGCGCUCUCUCUCUCUCUCUCUCUCUCCAUGUCUCUCUCUCUCUCCCCAGAGGUAUCAGUCUCUCUCCAGUAUCAGUAUAUCUUCAGACUUACCCAGCAUCGUUGUCCGUCCUCUUCAGUACUUUGGAGAUGUGAGUAAGACUGUGUCUGAACUGAGAGAGAAACUAGAAGACUUCCUUAAUGGAGAUUGGACCAAGAUAUCCACUACAGUGAAUAUAGUGGAUGUUGUACUGCCUCCAGAGCCCAAGACCAGAGAACAGUUGUUACAAUAUUCCUGUCAGCUCACACUGGACGCAAACACAGCACACACACUCCUCUCUCUGUCUGAAGGGAACAGAAAGGUGACACGUAGAGACCAAGUCCAACCAUAUCCUGACCAUCCAGACAGAUUCACCAACUGGUGGCAGGUUCUGUGUAGAGAGGGUCUGUCUGGACGCUGUUGCUGGGAGGUGGAGUGGACUGGUGAUGUUGUUACAGCAGUCUCAUAUAAAGACAUCAGCAGAACAGGGACAGAGAGUGGAUUUGGACACAAUAACCUGGAGUCCUGGAGUUUACAUUACUAUAGUGAUGGUUAUUGUUUCAGACACAAUAAUGUUGGGACUAAAGUAUCAGGCCCUCAGUCCUUCAGAGUAGGAGUGUACCUGGAUCACAAGGCAGGUACUAUGUCCUUCUACAGUGUCUCUGACACAAUGACCCUCCUCCACAGAGUCCAGACCACAUUCACUCAGCCCCUCUAUCCUGGGUUUAGUUUCUAUAAUUAUAAUGAGACUGCUGAGCUGGUUAAACUAUAAAAUGAUUUGUUAUUAAUUAAAAUGCAAUACAAUGUUUUAAUCUUGUACAUUUCCAUGAAUCAUGAUGUCUGGUGUUGAUGUAUAUUGGUUGUCAUUCAGAACCAUUGAUAUGUUUUCUCAGUUGGUUCUCUGUCUCUAUGUAAUUCUCCUCAGUAUCAUUGAUCAGCUUGUUGGCUCGGUCCUAAUUGAUGUGUUCUCUGUCACCUGGAGCUGCAUGGAAAAUGGUCCAGGAACUAAAGCACAAUUCAGGACUAGUCAGCCCACUACAAGCUGGUAUCACUUACUUUCUACUAAACUAUAUGGUCUUGUUUCCCAGACACAGAUUAAUCCUAGUCCUGGACUAAACAGUAUGUUCAAUGUAGAUGUCCAGGAAACCGGCCCUAAAUGUGUCAUCUUUCAUCCUCCCAUACUGCUCAGUCCAGCAACAUUAAACCUGUCCAGCAGGUGGUGCUGUUGACCAAACAAUAAAACCAGCAGAUAUCUUGA